AUCCGGUAGUUAGUGGUUUCCAUAGCCACUUGCAAGUUAGAGGUUGAGCGGAUACUAGUCGUGAAUAUGAAGUUGCUUUUAGCAGCUCUGCUGGUGGGGCUUCUAGUGGCCACCGGUCAGGGGUACCAGGUCAAGCCAAGUGACUACAAUCGGACGAUUCAACAGCUUCAAGGGGAAUACGUUCGAUCGGAAGAUGAAUUCCGUAGGGAAUUCCAAAUCUGGCGAAAAACCGGCGUGAAGACAGCUCAUUUCAGGGAAAUGCUGGAUGCCUGGAAGUUCACCGAGGACCAACGUCGUAUGGAAUUGGAGGAUCUGCCAGUGCAAAUGGAGGGAACCGUAUGUAUGCUGUGCCGGUCCAUUGUUGGACAGCUGAUGGAUCAGCGUCGACAGGGAGCUACGCGGGAAGAUCUCUUCGCUACUGCCUACGAACUGUGCACUACGCUGCAGAUCCAGGAGCCUGAUGUUUGUUACGGUGUCAUCGAACUGAAUAUCGAUUUCUUCCUGUUCAUUUUCGAUGAUCGACUAACGGUUGGUGCUGAUACGGUGUGCGCUGUAGUGUUCCAGUCGUCAGCUUGCAUCUUGUCCGAUCCGGAAUUUAUUGAUUGGAGUGUGAACGUUGAUGCUCGCAGCACUCCAAUUACUGGUUCGAAGCACUUCCCGAACGCACGUGGUCCGAACGAUAUUAAGAUUGUCCAGAUAACCGAUUUGCACUAUGACCCGCUGUACCUGGUGGGCCACAAUGCUGUUUGCAAUCGGCCUGCUUGCUGCCGCAGUGAUCAAGGUAUUCCGGAGAAUCCCGCAGAACGUGCCGGAAAGUGGGGAGAUUAUCGAGACUGUGAUUCUCCGUGGGAUGCCGUUGACGACGUGAUCGAACAUGUAGCGGAGCACCACUCCGAUGCAGCAUACAUCUACCACACUGGUGACAUUAUCGACCAUGGUGUGUGGGAAACUUCGAUUGGACACAACAUUCAAAGCAUGAACCGCGUUUACGCAAAACUGUUGCAAAAAUUCCCCAACAAACCCGUGUUCAACAUCAUUGGUAACCACGAAGCUCAUCCCACGAACGUGUUCGCUCCUAGCACGCUUAACCAACAGCAGUUCUCGAUGGAAUGGCUCUACGCCUAUUCAGCUGACAUGUGGGGCAAUUGGCUACCCAUGGCUACUCAGAAUACCAUCCGUCAUGGAGGAUACUACACAACUCUUGUACGCCCAGGAUUCCGCAUCGUUGGUAUGAACAAUCAAGAUUGCUACACCUUCAACUGGUGGAUCCUUUGGAAACCGGAAUAUUUGGCAAGCCAAAUGCAAUGGCUGCAUGACGUUCUACGACAAGCUGAACUGAACAACGAAAAGGUUCACAUCCUAGCUCACAUUCCGUACAGCUCCUCCGGAUCGACCUUCCGUACUUGCCAGCGCGAAUUCCGCCGCAUCGUUGAACGCUUCUACGACACAAUCAGUUCUCAAUUCAAUGGACACACCCAUCGCGAUGAGUUCAACGUGUUCUACUCGAGAGAAAAUCCCGCUCAUGCCAUCAACGUCGCAUGGAACGGAGGCAGUACCACGGCCUUCAGCGACGUCAAUCCAAACUACAUUGUUUACUACGUUGACCCGGAAACAUACCAAGUGACCGAUUUCGAGUCGUACAUCUUCAACAUGACGGACGCGAACCGUUUCCCAGAUCGUCGUCCCGAUUGGUUCCAGCUGUACUCGUUCGCACAGGAGUUCAACAUGCACAACCUCAGUCCAAUGGAAGCAGAUAUUAUGGUCAAGCGGCUGGGAACGCCAGCCGGACGGGAAGAACUACGGCGGUACUGGCAAUUUAAGGUGAAGAUGGGAGAUCCCUCGUUGGAUGCUGGCUGUGAUGAUGAUUGCUUGCUGAAUCAUCUCUGCCAGGUCGUAGUCUCCGAAAUGGGAGACGAUGUCAAGUGCGAUGAACUGCGGACGACAUUCUUCGGUUGAAUAAAAUAUUCAGACGAUU